CCUGGAACCCGUCGAAUCACCGCCGUAACAAACCCGCUCACAUCUUUCUGUUGGUAUGUAUUGAUUAAUGUGUAGCGAUGACGAUCAAUUACAACUUGGCUGUAUCAACGUCAAAACCAUGGACUCUGUUCAAAUUGCUACUGAAAUGGCGAGGAAGCAUAUGGAAAGCGGUGAUGUUGGAGCUUGUUGUAUGGCUGAUGUUCUAUGGAAUUCUUAGCAUUAUCUAUCGCACAGCUUUGUCGUACGAUCAACAAAAGACUUUCGAGAGGGUGGUGCUGUACUGUGAAGCUAGACUUACCUAUAUUCCACUGAAUUUCAUGUUAGGAUUUUUCGUCACAGCAGUCGUUAAUAGGUGGACGUAUUUAUACCAAAUAAUUGGAUUUAUAGAUAAUAUCGGGUUAAUGACAGCCGAGUACGUUCGAGGCAGGACAGAACAAGCUCGAAUGUAUCGAAGGAAUAUCGUGCGAUAUUGCGAACUGGCACAGGUUCUAGUCUUUAGAGAUGUCAGUAUGAGGACAAGGCGAAGAUUCCCAACGCUAGACACUGUCGUUGCUGCAGGAUUCAUGAUGCCCCAUGAGAAGGAGCGAUUUGACGAAAUUCAGUACCGCUACUCAAAGUACUGGCUUCCCUUUCAAUGGGCCUUUGCUCUAACCUACGAUGCACGCAAACUUGGACUAAUCGAAAGUGAUUACUACCAAGUAGUCAUUCAGGAGGAGAUCAAAAAAUUUCGAACUGGACUUGCAUGGAUUUGUAAUUAUGACUGGGUGCCGAUACCAAUAAUGUAUCCACAGUUAGUAUGCCUAGCAGUUCAUACAUAUUUCAUUGUCUGCCUGCUCGCAAGACAGUACAUUGUUUCUGAAGACUCGAACAGAAAAAGCGAGAUCGAUCUAUACUUUCCCGUCAUGUCAACUUUGCAGUUCAUUUUCUAUAUGGGAUGGAUGAAGGUUGCUGAGGCAAUGCUAAAUCCCUUUGGAGAGGAUGAUGACGACUUUGAAUGCAAUGCUCUCAUUGAUAGAAACAUCACCAUGGUAUUGAUGAUGGUAGACCAAGGAUAUGAUCGACCACCAGCUCUGAAACGAGAUCCAUUUUGGGAUGAAGAAGUGGAACCUCUCUAUUCUGAAGAAUCAGCUAAAAUUCCUACGCAUCCUCUCAAGGGAUCGGUUAGCGAAAUUAGGUUGCCAGAUCACGUGCAAGAAAUCAGGAUGGUGCCACAUUGUGAUGAUCGUCAUCCUCUAAUUGAUUCUCCAAAUCUAAGGAGAAGAGUUAGUGUCGUCCCUGUUACACAGCAGGAACAGAGACAACCGCGGCCAUCUUUGGGCUCUCUGGAAAUGUUAAGAAGUUUUAAAAACAAAGUUGAGAGAUCUCUUUCUCGUGGACAAAUUUUUGAUGAAGAACAACCCAGGAAGACAGUGUCUCACGGCCAUCUUCCAGUUCUAGAUGUCACUAAAGUUGAAGAUGAGGCACAAAAUGGACAAAAAUCAUUUGUCAACUCAGCAUUUGAGACAAAUGACGAAACGGACAAAAAAGACAACGACGGAAAGGAAGUCAAAAAAUCAGCUUCCACAGCAAAUUUGAAGUCUCCACAUGAUUUUCCUCAUCAUGUUCUAGACGAUGUGUUGGAAGAGAACGAAGAGGAAGUAAAGACACUGCGCAAGAAAAGCGUGAUAGAACCUGGAGGAUUUGUGAGCUCGACCGGCACGGCAUCAAAUACAGAAGAAGAUAACUCCAGCACUCCACUCUCACCACCAACUGAUGCAAAAGCAGAGGAAAGCAAAUCUGAUACUCCGAUUUCACCCCAAACUGAUGAAGCAGAGACUACAAGCAAACGAAAAACCAGUGAAUUUACCAUUGGCCAUGACAGCUGAUUCCCAUUAUCACAGCUUUGCCUAUGCUUCUUCUUCCGCUGCUUCCAGCGGAGAAAUUCGCAGUGCACACUGCUUAAUCCUCAUUUUCUAAUCAGGUGCAGUACAUAGGGCAACAUUCGCAGCUAUUAUGUUUGUUAACUACUAUGUUAUGGGUACAUGUUCACUCCGCUCAUAUCGCUGGUAUCACUGGUCACCGAAAAUGCUGUGAUUUAUGCAGUCACAUUGAGGUAUGCCCUGCCUACUGCUGUUUUUGUACCUCAAGCUGUUG